GAGAUUCAAAAUUGAACAGUGUCAAAAUUUUUACCAAAAUUAUGUUCAGCAUAUAUCAGCUUAAUGUAAAAUAAACAAGACCUAAUUAUGGUGACAGCACCGGGAGAUAUGUGCAAAAUAAUGCGACCCAUCAUUACUGUGGGCACUAAUAUAGUUUGGUUGACGGCUACACUAGCAGUACUAACUUUGGCCAGUAUUGAGGAGGACUGGCACAUACCGGGCCACUAUUAUACCCGUACACAAGUAGGACUAUCGAUUACCAGUUCCGUAUUGAUUAUUAUCAUCUAUAUGAUGGGUGUAUUCAAUUUUACCAAAUAUGAGCCAUGCAUUAAAGCACUGAAAUAUUUUCUAUGGUUUUCUGUAGUUAUCAUACAGUUUACGGCACUUUUGUACUGUUGGUUAGCUCCGUCUACUUCUAAACGGAUCCACGCGAUGGCUAUUUUGCACAUCUUUAUCACUGUCUCACAGUUUGUACUCUAUUUGAUGACCUUUUCGGACAAGUCGUGGAUCAACUUCUGGUACAGUGUGUCGACAUCCCUGUGCCGACCAUUCGGUACUUCAGACACUGUUGCCCGCAGUGACUGUGCUCUACAAACCAAUAGUGUUGUCUUAUAUAAAGCAUAA